AUGCUCCGUCAAGUAGUAUGUGUUUAUCUCUUGUCAAUUGCGAGUGCCGCCGAUCUUUUGAUCGAUCUUCCGGAUGGCACGAUUCGUGGAUCUGAGACCAUUACCGAAAAUUAUACCUACAAUGCUUACCGGGGCAUUCCAUAUGCAAAGCCUCCAGUAGGUACUCUGAGGUUUCAGGCUCCAGUGCCAAACGACCCAUGGGACGGAGUUUUAGAUGCUAGUGCAUUGAAGGACUGUUGCAUACCUUUGGGCAUUGCUCUAGAACCACAAAGUGAGGAUUGUCUGUAUAUCAAUGUUUUCACACCUUCGCAAACUACAACAGAGAAACUGCCAGUAAUGCUCUGGAUAUAUGGAGGCGGAUUUACUACUGGAUGUGCUCAAGAGGACGUCUUCGGACCACAGUCUCUUACAAACGAAGGAGUUAUAGUGGUUACAUUCAAUUACCGUAUGGGUUUAUUUGGUUUUCUAAGUACGAAUGACAGCGUGAUAUUAGGUAACGCCGGACUCAAGGACCAACUAUUAGCGAUGCAAUGGACACAGAAAAACAUCGAAUAUUUCGGUGGCGAUCCGGAAAAAGUGACCAUAUUUGGUGAAAGCGCAGGUGGUGUGUCGGUUGGAGCGCAUGUAGCGAACAAAAAAUCUGCUGGCUUGUACAGAGCCGCUAUUUGUCAAAGCGGUUGUUCUUUGACGAUCUUGCCUUCAGCAAUUCAAUCUGAUCCCAGGAAAAACGCUUUAGAUAUUGCGAAAUCGUUAAAUCCUUUCCUUUCGGAUUCAAGUACAUCGGAGGAAAUCAGGGAUUUCCUUCAAGGUGUGCCAACCAUUCUUUUGACUGUUGCUUUAAAUCUAAAUCCGCAAACGGGGAUCGUAAUAGAAGUAGAGAACGAAAACGCGUAUGUAACAGAUCACAGUUUCACACUGCUUGAAUCAGGAAACUUUAACCAAGUGCCCUUAAUAAUUGGAACAAAUUCCGCAGAAUCGUUGUCAAUUUUGGGAAUUUUGCUGCCUGAAUUAAUGGGCGCUGCACUCGGUUAUGAUGUAAACUCGACUUUGUUAAUACCCGUGAAUCUGAACCCUGUGCCGGUUUCCAAUUUAAACGACGUUGCUACUCAGAUUAAACAGGCAUACAGCGGUUUCUUACCAUUUGCAUUAAAUUUGGCAGCGUUUGUUGAGUUUACCAGUGACCAGUUAUUUGUAAGAUCGUCGCUCAAGCAAGCCGAAUUUCAGUCCAAAUAUUCUCCCGUCUACUUUUAUCAAUUUUCUUAUUCCGGAACUGUGGGUAGCCUACAUAUCAUGGUUGAUGGCGCGGGAAAAGUUGGACACGGUGAAGAUGUACGUUAUCUGUUUGACCGGACAGAUUUUCCUCUAUCCACAGAAGGGGAGCUUCUAACGAAAAGCAGGAUGACUAGACUUUGGGCCAAUUUCGCUAAGACAUUGAAUCCCACCCCGGAAGCAUCCGACCCGCUGCUCAAUGUAACGUGGCCUAAAGCUUCGGGUUCGGACAUCCCUUAUCUGGAUAUAGACGAGACCCUUGAAGUUAAGCCCGCUAAAAAGGUGAAAGAAAUGGAAAUGUGGAACAACGUUUUUAACACGUACGGCCAACAACCUUUCGUUGGAUUUUGAUUCUUCAAUACACGUACAUGUGGAUUAAUGUUGUACGCCGAUUAUUUUAUAUAAAUAGUGUGUAGAAAUAAAAUUAA